AUGGACCUGGACGAUUUUGCAAAUCCCGGCUCGACGGCGCAUAGUAUCACAGCGACGAGUUCCUCUUCCCCAGCAGCCGUGGGACCAUCAUCAAGUCCCGCAGCGGAAGCAGGCCUCCGCCGUCAAUUGCCACAAAACCUUCCAGGAUCAUUGAGAGUGCCUACCCUUCCUUCACCGUCGGCCAAGAACUCUCAGUCUCUAGAGCUUGCCCAUGCGCCUCCCAUCGCCAAUGGCAUCAACUUGAUCAGCCCCCGAGAUGUCCUCCCAGACAGAUUCCGGGAAAUUUACCCCUAUGAUCUCUUCAACGCCGUCCAAUCGAGAUGCUUCCAGGACGCGUAUCAGACGAACGACAAUCUUGUCGUUUCAGCGCCAACUGGCAGCGGAAAGACAGCAAUACUCGAGCUUGCAAUCUGCAGACUUGCGCACAUGAGAGGGAACGAAGGUUUCAAGGUCGUCUACCUAUGCCCACUGAAAGCACUCUGCACAGAGAGAUCCAAUGACUGGAGACAGAAAUUUGGACUUUUGUCUAUUGAAGUUGCGGAGCUCACGGGAGACACUUCGCAAGCUGAAAUGAGACGAGUCCGCCAGGCCACAAUCAUCAUUACAACCCCAGAGAAAUGGGAUUCUGUCACCAGAAGCUGGUCAGAUCAUCGCAAGCUGCUUGACUUGGUCGAACUAUUCCUCAUCGACGAGGUACAUCUUCUCAAAGAGCCACGCGGAUCAACCCUUGAGGCGGUUGUAUCCCGCAUGAAGACCCGCGGCGCGAAUGUCCGCUUCGUCGCUCUGAGCGCAACCGUUCCAAAUUCUGAUGAUGUUGCCCAAUGGCUCGGUAGAGAUCACACCAGAACAGAGAUCCCAGCUCGCCGAGCGACGUUCGGAGAAGACUUCCGUCCUGUGAAGCUACAAAAGUUCGUGUACGGGUUCGACAGCAGGACGAACGAUUACCAGUUCGACACCUUCUUGACCGAACAAUUGUAUCCUCAUAUCGCCAAACAUUCCCAGCGAAAACCAAUACUGGUGUUCUGUCAGACCCGUAAGAGUUGUCAGAGCUCAGCAAAGAAAUUGGCUGAGGAGUGGAAUGAGCGCCAACCUCAAGCAAGGCCGUGGUCAGAACCCACCAAACGGAUUCCGGUUAUCAGCCCUGAACUGCAGGAAAUUGUGAGGUACGGAGUUGCGUUUCAUCAUGCUGGUCUCGAUACCCAAGACAGGCGAGCUGUUGAGCAAGCCUUCCUUGAUGGCCGUCUCAGUGUCAUUUGCUCCACCUCCACACUGGCCAUGGGCUUGAACCUGCCAUGCCACAUGGUAGUGCUCAAAGGUACCACUUCGUAUCAAGAGAAUUCAAUUGCCGAGCUCAGCGACCUGGAAGUCAUGCAGAUGCUGGGGCGUGCCGGCAGGCCACAAUUCGGCAACAGCGGCGUUGCUGUGAUUCUCACCAGAGCACGAAAUAAGCAGCACUAUCAAGACAUGGGAUCUGGUCAGCAGAUUCUAGAAAGUACUCUUCACCAGAACUUGAUCGAGCACCUAAAUUCCGAGAUCAACCUUGGUACCUUUCAGGAUGUAUCGAAGGCAAAGGAGUGGUUGAAAGGAACAUUUCUGGCUGUUCGGCUCCAUCGCCACCCAGCUUACUACAAACUUGAACAGACAGGUUUCCUCACCGAUCCGCUUGAUGACAGGCUUGAAAAGAUUUGUGAAACAGACAUAACCAAAUUGCAACAGACCGGGCUUGUCACGGACGAAGCUACGUUUCAUUCAACUGAUUAUGGCCGGGCAAUGUCGAGAUACGUCAUUCGAUUCAAGUCUAUGCAAAAGAUCCUGCAGAUCCCUCAAGCAGCCAAAAUGGAGCAAGUCUUGACAGCUGUGUGUGAAGCAGACGAAUUCAGGGAUUUUCGCUGGCGAACACACGAACGUGAUGUGUUCCGCGAACUCAAUAAAAACCCCUUCAUCGCUUACCCAAUCAAAGAGACAGUAAACACAAUGGCACACAAGGCGUCGCUUCUCCUGCAAGCGGCUUUGGGUUGUGUGGACUUGGCCGACGUACCAGAAGUUGUUCGAAGGCAGAUUACGUUGGACACGGGUCUUCUAUUCGAGAGGAUGCACCGCCUCGUACGCGCGGUCGUUGAAUGCAAAGCUAGUGAUUUAGAUGGAGUCACUUGUCGGGUAGCUCUCGAUCUUGCACGGUCCAUGGCAGCCAGGGCUUGGGAGGGCAAGUCCAUGCAACUAAUGCAGGUACCUCAACUCGGCCCAGUUUUCAUGCGAAAGUUUGUUGCUUCUGGCAUCACAACAGUGCACGAUUUGGCAGAAGCUGGCGCCAGCAACAUCGAAAGAAUUCUGAGCCGAAAUCCCCCAUUCGGCAAGAAAAUGACUGAUGAGUUGGCACACUUUCCACGCCUAACCCUUGAAGCACGUAUUUCGGCAGAGCUUCCACGGACUUUCAACUCGGGCAAGCAGCCCGUAGCUCGCAUCGAUGCUAUUCUUGGUUUUUCCAAUUCUUUAGGGAAGCCAAAAUGGCGUGGCAAGAUUCCUUCUGUCACAUUCAUGGCCGAAACCUCGGAGGGUGUCCUGGCGCAUUGGUGGAGAGGCUCGAUGAAGAAGUUCAAGGAGGAGGAUGAGCACAAGUUGUCUCUGCAAUUUGAGGUGGAUCUCAGCAGCGUCAAGGAUGAGGUCAUUUGCUACUUCGCGUGCGAGGACAUCGUCGGCACCGUUGUCACCAGAAGAUUGGAGCACGGCCUACCAGCAUCUGCUUUUCCGUCAAGGAGGGAGCCAACACCACAGCUUUCGCAAACGACUGGUAGAUCUGCGGCAUCCUUGAUGGAUGAUGAUAUUGGCGACAAUGACUUGUUGGAUAUCGCAAAAGAGGGAGGGAAUCAAAGCGAAGCAUGCCUUGUCAUCUCGGAAGACUCAGACGUCGACUUUCAAUGGCCUAUGAUGAAUCGAGACAGGAAGAAUCGCAUCGACGACCGGGGCCCGAAACAAAAAGACGAUUUUGCAUCUUCCCAGGACAGCGGAAAGGAGACUAUCCCAUGGCAGCCGGUUCAACUCCCGAACGGCAAAUUCAAAUGCAAUCAUCGCUGCGCUGAUGCCGGGCUGAAAAAUGGCAACGGCAAAGCUUGCCUUAAGGAGAUCGUCGUCGCUGAUCCAGCUUCGAAGCUGACCUCAAAGUCAACGACCAAGAAAGUCAAAACAACCAUACCAAAGGGCAGACCGUCCAUCCAAAACUUGACGCGGGAGCCACUGGAAUCUGCUACUGCAAACAGGCAGGACCGCCCUCUGAUGGAUCUCGACGACUUCGACUUGGAUGGGGAUGGCUUGUUCGAUCUGACUCAAGUCGAAGGCGCUCAUGUUGACGAUCGUCAGAGCUCGUACCGCAGCCUGUACAGAGCCAAGGAACCCAUCACUAAUGACGGAUCUUAUGAAAAAGAAGACAAUCUGUUCGCAAGUCUCUCCGAUGAUGCGUUGCAGGAUGAUUUCGCCUUGCCAGUUGAAAACAGAGACACUGGCAAAGAUCGGAGCUUUGAUGUUGGCGAGAGGACGAAUCCCCUGCAGGCUGAACUCCUGAAAACCCAAAGCAACAGUACCGACAACUUUUCAGGUGAAUCGGUCUUUGACGGUGUGACCACAGAUGAGUGCAAUGAAGAACCAUUCCGUCCACACAGUUCCCUGGUGGGUACCAUGGGCGUCCCAAAGAAGCGGCGUGGGAAUUUCGCCAACGUCCCCUUGCAUGAGGGCCGUGAAAAUGAAUCCAGCUGGGAAGAGUCAUCCUUAGACGCUCCGCCAACCAUGGCGAGGUAUGUUGAUGUAUCCCGAGCGAACGUUGUGCGUCAAUCCUCCGAUCAUUCCGAAAUGGCAAGUGGGGCGGGAAACGAUGGUUUCACUUCGCCAACCAUGCCCUCCACCACGCGUCAUGCCCCUUUACAGCAAGGACCUGACACAGCGACGGAGGCAAAAGAAUUCGAAGAUGAGAAUUACAUCUUCUCAGAUAAAUGUGUACUGCCACCACCUAGGGACAGCUUUGGCGAAGGCAGUGUCAUCCUGCCCCCUGUGUCAGAUGGAAGGCAUUUGGCACACAAUGCUGACGCGAGUGCUGUCCGCAAGUCAGCGGAACUUGACUCCUCUUCCACGAAGGAUGAUGAUCUGUCCAUGAAGUUGCAACAGGAUCCAGAAUGGGACGGGUUUGAGCCAGGGUUCACUGAUGAAUUCCGGGAUCUUGUGGAGUUCAUCUAG